AUUACACCACCUCCCUCACUGUCAGACCCACUUAAAGAAUUAUUUAAACAACAGGAGGUUGUAAGGAUGAAACUACGUUUACAGCACAGUAUUGAAAGGGAAAAGCUUAUUGUUUCUAAUGAACAAGAAGUUCUACGUGUUCAUUAUCGAGCAGCAAGAACGCUAGCUAAUCAAACACUACCAUUCAGUGCCUGCACUGUUCUGCUGGAUGCCGAGGUUUACAAUGUGCCUCUGGAUGCUCAGGCUGAUGACAGCAAAACAUCAGUGAGGGAUCGAUUUAAUGCAAGGCAGUUUAUGUCAUGGUUACAGGACGUUGAUGAUAAGUUUGACAAAUUAAAGACAUGCCUUUUGAUGAGGCAGCAGCAUGAGGCAGCAGCUUUAAAUGCGGUACAGAGACUGGAGUGGCAGCUUAAACUACAAGAACUUGAUCCUGCUACAUACAAAUCUAUCAGCAUUUAUGAAAUUCAGGAGUUUUAUGUUCCUCUUGUUGAUGUUAAUGAUGACUUUGAAUUGACGCCAAUAUGACAACUAGCGUCUUCUGGCUCCCCCUUUCCCUUGGACAACUAGAGACUGAGGCGCAGUGAUAUACUAAGGUAUUUUUCUCUUGAGACAGAGCACUUAAUUCUGUGGAAUACUACCUUUCUCAAUAAUUCAGGUGUUCCUUCAGAGAAGUGCGGCACGGGCUCUUCUUCAAACCUGGAAGAUGGAUGCUAAUUUUAAAGUCAGUGUCCCAGUAAAUGCCAUUAUCUGUAUUUUAAAAAUUGCCUAUAGCAUUAGAGCUUAUUGCUGAAAAAGCUGGUGAAACAUGGUGAGUUAACAGCGCUGGAAGCUGUUAAUAACUAAAACAGCCACCAAAAAACAAAUUAUACUUAAAAUCUGCUAUAAAGCUUUGUAUUAUGAAAC